UAAUAAAAUUAAUCAAAUCUAAAAAUGGAGCAAAUGAGCCAGAGACAAGAAGAUGUGGUAAAGGACUACCACUCUGAGUUGAUCCAGAAACUGUUCUAUAGUUUCCUUGAUACAUUCACCUUGAUCGAAGAUGACCCCAAUUACGAAGAUUACGCGGGAAAACAAUAUGCGGAAGGGGACGAAGUCAAGUAUUAUCACAUCCAAGCUGAGAGAAUCAAGGAAAAUGAAACGACGACUAUGUACAUUGACUUCGAGCAUCUGGGACAGUUCAACAGCCAGGACCAGACCGAGGACUUGCCAGAUGACAUCCUUGCGAACUUUUAUAGAUUUGAAAACAACAUGACAAAAGCUUUGUACAACUUCAUGUUUAAGCACCAUCAGGAAUAUGCAAAGGAUAAGAACUUUUUCUUGGGCUUCUAUAACCUUCCUAAUACAUAUAAGCUGAGAGACUUGAAGACCAACUUCAUUGGAAGGCUCAUGUCCAUUUCAGGAACUGUUACGCGGACAACUGAAGUUCGUCCAGAGAUGCUGAGAGGUGCCUUCAGAGAUGAAGAGAGUAAGACAGUAUACAAGGACGUUGAACAGCAGUUCAAGCUCACCUAUCCUCCUGUCAGCGAGGGAGCCAAGAGGUUCGAAAUUGUUCAAGAAGAGUGAGUUUUCACUGACUGGCAAAAAUUGAGAGUCCAAGAAAACUCCAGAGAUAUCCCAGCAGGAUCAAUGCCAAGAUCUAUUGAUGUAGUCCUCAGGAAUGAGAUCGUAGAGGUAGCUAAACCAGGAGAGAACUGUGUCUUUACCGGUACCUUGAUUGUUGUCCCUGAUGUUGCCAGCUUAAUUAAGCCAGGAGAGAAGAAUACUCAGAUCACACAGAAAAAUGACAAUGUGAAAAGAUCUAACGCUAAAGGAUUUGAUGGAGUCACUGGAUUAAAAGAAUUAGGAGUCAGAGACAUGGCUUAUAAGCUUGUCUUCCUUGCUAACUCGGUCCAUCAGAAAGAUAGCAACGGUACUAUCAAGGCUAAGGACUUUAUCAUCGAUGCUCAGGAAGAUAGCAUUGGCCAAAUGACUAGGAAAGAGAAAAAUAUUGUUACUCUAAUGCAGAAUAUGCCAGACCUCUACUCAUCAUUGGCCGAAUGUAUCGCUCCAUCUGUGUAUGGGCAUGAAGAGAUUAAGAAAGGAAUUCUUCUCAUGCUCUUUGGAGGUGUGAAUAAGACUACUGAAGAAGGAAUGAAGCUUAGAGGAGAUCUUAAUAUGUGCGUUGUGGGAGACCCAGCUACAGCCAAGUCUCAGUUCUUGAAAUAUGUCACUUCCUUUUUGCCAAGAUGAAUUUAUACUAGUGGUAAAGCCUCUUCAGCAGCUGGUUUAACCGCCAGUGUUCAUAAGGAUUUGGAGAGUGGAGAGUUCUGUAUUGAAGCAGGAGCACUUAUGCUUGCAGACAAUGGUAUCUGUUGUAUUGAUGAAUUCGAUAAGAUGGACCCAAAGGAUCAAGUUGCUAUUCAUGAAGCAAUGGAACAGCAAACUAUUUCCAUCGCGAAGGCAGGAAUUCAUGCUACUCUUAAUGCCAGAGCUUCCAUCCUUGCAGCUGCAAACCCAGUGAAAGGAAGAUAUGAUAGAACUAAGAGCUUGAACUACAACCUCAAUAUCUCGGCUCCCAUCAUGUCCAGAUUCGAUCUUUUCUAUGUAGUAGUGGAUGAGAGAGAUGAUGCUGCUGACAGUCAUAUUGCUAGGCAUAUCAUUGACUUCCACAGAAAGAAAGAAGACGUAGUGAAAACCAAAUUCUCUCAAGAAGAUAUCUUGACCUACCUGAAAUUCUGCAGGACCAUCAAGCCUAAAUUGACUAGGGAGGCUGCUCUAAUUUUGCAAGAGGAGUACACAAGAUUGAGGGCAAGUGAUGCCACCGCCAAAAAGACUUCCUACAGAAUUACAGUAAGACAGUUGGAAUCAGUGAUCAGACUCUCUGAAGCCUUGGCCAAAGUUCACGCAGAUGAUGAGGUCAGAGGGGAAUACGUCAGAGAAGCCACUAGACUUCUAGAGAAAUCCAUCGUUCCAAUUAAGAAAGACGACAUCGAGGUUGACGAAGCCCAAGAUACCUUUAAUAAGAUUCAAAAUGAUAGAAGAAGAGAUGGAGAGUUGGAUCCUCGCCGCCGUUUUAACCCAGAUGUUGAGAUGGAAGAUGAUCAGGCCCAGCCUAGUCAGUCAAAGACUGUCCAGCUAAGCUUCGAUGAGUACGAGAAGAUCGGAAAGCAAAUCAUUUUCUACAUCAGAGAUAAGCAGAGACAGGAAGGAGAUGACUUUGAAGGUGUGCUCCAGAAGGACCUUCUCGGUUACUACCUGAAAGAUAUUGAGAACCAGAUAAAGGGUACAGAUGACUUGAUGUACUGGGCUAAGAAGAUUAACAGUGUCAUCCAGAGACUCAUUGUGAAGGAAGGAACCCUCUGCUCUUUGAAUGAUCCAGAAAUAAAAGAUGAUAGAGUCUUGAUGUUAAAUGUUAAUGUGGACAUUGACAAUUUACAGAUGGGUUAA